AUGCUUUGUAUCUUUUUAUAUUACAACUACCUUCUUCCCAGGAUCGUCUACUACGCAGAUGAUGAGUAUAUGGCGGAUCAGCUGCAUUGUGUUGGCUUUUUCUACUUUUCUGGUCCUACAGAUAUUGCAGUACUUGCCCUCUCUGCUAAGAAGGCAGAAGAUUAUCGAGUUCCAUGUGGCCCUCUCUUCCGACUUGUCACCUGUCCUCACUACACACUUGAAUUGGCCAUCUAUACCCUCAUUCUUAUUUUUUUGGUCGCGACGGCUGCUGAUCCCACUCACUUCUUAAGGACGCCCUUUUUGGACGUCGUCUGUUUUGUUUGGGCUAACCAGCUCGUUUCGGCCGGCCUGACACAUGCCUGGUAUUCUGAAAUUUGGCCAGAUUGGGCUGCUCGACGUUUCGCCAUUAUUCCCCGAAUUUUGUGA